AUGAUGAAAAGAUUAAUAAGGCUUCAGAUAACUAGAGGAAUGCACACCCUUGGUUCCAAAUCACCAGACAAAUUAAAAAAAAUAAAAACAUAUAUUAACAAUUACGAGAAUAGUGAAAAUGAAUUAAUAAGGAAAAAAGAUUAUUUGUCAUUGCUAAGAAAUAUUUAUUAUUCAAUUCCGUCUAGAAUGAAUGAAAGAGAAGAAUGGGAUAAUUUUUUAAAUAAACUUAAAAUCGAAAAAUGUUAUCUACGACUAAAAUCAAUUAUUAAGAAAAAUAGUAUAUCCUAUGAUUCUUUGAUAUGCAGACAAAUAAUAUUCCUAUACUACAUCGGGUUUGAUACUGAAGUGAAAAUAUUACUUGACAAAAUAAAUAGCAAACUAAUAAAAUGUAAUGAAAACAAUUUUAAAGAAUGUGAUAAAAUUAUAAAUGAAGAUAUAAAUGAUGUUAUUAAAAUGUUAUAUGUAUUAUAUAACUAUCAAAAGAAUUCAGAAAAUUAUAAGCCUAUGUUUUUGUUAUUUGACAAGUAUAUAUAUUAUAGUAAAAAAUACCCUAUUAAUAAUAUUAAGUAUUUAUUUUAUUUUCAUUUAUUUUAUUUAAAUAUGAACAAUUCAUUAAAUAAAGUUAACAAGUGUAUAGAGAUAUAUAGACAUUUAUUUGGAACCGAGCAACUAAUGCUUUUAACUAGGUAUAUUAAUAUUUACUUAAAACAAUUAUACCUUUAUAAUAUUAUUAAACAUAAAGAUGAUAUGGACAAGCAAAAUAAUGUACUUAUAAUGGAUAAAAAAAAAUCGUCUUUUUUUAUAAAUAAUAAUAUAAAAAAUAAAUAUGAAAAAAACUACAAUCCCAUUUUUCUAAAUAAUAUGCCAAACAAAAUAGAAAACGAAAUAAAUAUGUUUAUUAAUAAUAUAUUUAGGAUAAAUAAAAAUGAAAAAGAAUAUUUUGUAUUUACUAGUUUUGAAGAUAUAGAGAUAAUCAACAACGAGGUUAGUACUAGCCUUAUUGAGAAUGAUAAGGAAACUAGCUCUUGUUCAGAAAAUAAAGAAAAUGUGCAGGUAAAUGACUCAUCUUUUUUGAAAAAUAAAACUAUAGAUGCAAAAAUGGAAGAAGUAACAAACACUUGUGAUGAUGCACCAGUUUUCGAAGAUCUACCAGAGCGCGAAGGUAAAAAUGUAGAAGGCAUUUAUAACAAUGAGAAUGUAAGUAAAAAAUAUAUAGACAAUAGAGAGAUUGAAAAAAAGAAAAAAAUAAUAAGCGUGUCGAAAAAUGAAUUAAGAAUAUAUAGUAAUAUCCAUAAUUUGUGUGUAAAAGAAAUAUUUAAAAAUGUUUUAUUAAAUAAAGAAAGCAUAAAUGCAGAUAUAAUUUUUAAUAGCUUUAUAAGUAAUUUAUUUAAGGAUAAAUAUAUAUAUUUAUUGAUGGAUGAAUUAAAAAAUAAAAUAACAUAUAUAGACGAAGAAAAUUAUUUAGCAUAUUUAAAACAAGUUAAAUUAUUAAAACUUUAUGACAACCCAUUAUUUGUUACAAUAUCAAAUAUAUUUUUUAAAAAAUAUUUAUAUGAAAAAAAAUAUAUAAAUAAUUUACACUUUGCUGAUAAAAUAACAUAUUAUACUGAUUUAUUUUGUCAUAAUUAUUUUUUACAAAAAUAUAUAUUAAAUAUAUAUAAAUUAAAUUUCAACACAUUUAAUACUAAGAUUUUAAAAAAAAUAUUAGCAAAAUUAUUUUUUUAUUUAUAUCAAAAUAAAUCUUUAAUUAAUGGAUUUGAUCAGCUUAUAAAAACUAUAAUAAUUAAAAUAAUUAACACUGGAUCUAUAAAUGAUAUAAUUAUGGUUUUAUUUACUUUAAGACAAUAUAAUUUUUGUAAAUCUAAUAAUGCAAAAUUAGAAAACAGAGAUAUACAACUAAAUAGUCAUGACUAUGAUGUUAUAUUAACAUCUCUUUUCGAUUUUAAAAAAGAUGAAACUCAAAUUGAUAGUAAUAAUAAUAAGCCAUCAUAUUUGAAAAAUAGACAACUAAUUUAUCAUAUAAUUAAAGAAGAUGUUUUUAACUUUUUACAUUUUCAAAAUUUAGAAAAUAAUAAAAUGGCUAGUUUAGACAGUCAAACAAAUCAUGAACCUUCAAAAACUAAUCAUGAUAAUUUUCAAUUUUUGGAAAAUCAAAAAAAUAAUUUUUCAAAAAAUAUAGAUAACUUAUUUAAUAUGUUUCAUUUAGAGAGGUCUCAAUUAAAUUUGUUUAAGAAUAAUUAUUUAAAAAUUUUUGAAUAUUUAAGUUAUAGAACAAUUAUAGAAAAACAUGAAAUAAAUAAAAUGAAUUAUUCUGAUAAAUAUUAUGAUAUAAAUAUUAUUAUUAUGAUUGUUAAACAAUUAACAAAAUUAUUUUAUGUAUUUUUAAAUAAUGUUUUUGAUGCUAUACAAAAAGGUGACACCAAUUUACAAAUAUUCGAAUGUGUAAACAAUUUUUUUAAUGACAAUCCAUAUUAUUACAAUUUAUCUGAUAAAAAAAAUAUGAGCAACAUGCUCUAUAAUAAUACAGUCACAAACACCGAGUAUAACGAUAAAAUGAAAAAUAAGUUUUCAAAUUUUUUUAACCUAAAUAAGAUUGAAAAUGUAGAUACUGAAGAAUGGGGAAAGGAAACAGAAAUAAAUGGAAGCUACAAUAAUUCGGAAGAAUAUAAUGCACAUUAUAUAAAUUUAUUUAUUGUAAAAAAAGAAAUUGAUCCAAUAAUAUUAAAACAAUAUCAGGAAAAAUAUAUGAUUGAAUAUAAUAUGAUAAAAAAUUUUACGGAAUUAUUACUUAUAAUUAUUCUUGAUAAUUUUGUAUACUUUGAAAUAAAAAAAUAUUAUUUUAUAAAUUUUUUUUUUCUAAUAUUUCAAAAUAAAUUUAUUUCAAUGUCUAUAUAUCAUUACCUUUCUUUUUAUCGUAUUUUUAAAAACCUAUUUUAUAAUCAAAUAAAUCAAAGAGAAAGACGAGAAUAUAUUUUUUCUGAAACAUAUUUUAAUAAGAACAAAAACCAUAUAAUAAAUACGUCUAUUACUCAAAUUAAAGCUUUACUACUGGACCAAAUAAAUCAUAAUAUUAUGACUAGUCAGGAUGGGAAUCACAAUAUAGAUCUUUCAAAUUCUGUAGAAGUAAAAUGCCACAAAAAUAGUUUAAACAAAUAUACCAAUAAUCCAGAUUGUUUUGGAAGCCCAAGCCAAUUGCUCAAUAUUAAAAAUGUUUUAAACAUAAUUCUCUACUCAUUUAAUAGUGAAGAUAUAGUAGACAUAUUUAAAAGUUGUUUUUUAUCUUCCUUUAACAAUUAUUUUAAAGAUAAUAAAAAAAAUAUUUUCAUUAAAUUUGUGACCGAUAAAAAUGAUAUUCAAAUGGCUACCUUGAACAAAGAAGAUGAUACAGCCAUUGUCAACUGUAACGAUUUUUUUACCAUUCGAAAAUGUUUUCACAUGAAUGAUAAUAAUAAAAUCGACAAUAUUGUACAGAAUGAAAAAUGUAAUAAUACUGAAAUUUCCAAUUACCCAUAUAAUAAAUAUAAUAAUAUUAUAGAAAUAUUUGAAUUUUACUAUAUUAAUAUGAUAUAUGAAAAAUAUAUAAAUACACACAGUUUUUAUAAUAAGGAGGAUUAUAAUUGUUACCUGAAUUUUUUAACAACAAAAAAAUCUUUUGAACCGCAUGAGAUUGUCAAUUUAUGUACAAUGGUGAGACGAAAAAGUGACAGAGAAGUUGAGACAGUCUCAAUUGAUAAUAGUAGUGAAAGACAAAAGAUAGAAAUAAUUAUUGACAAUAUUAAGAACUCAUUUAGCACAUAUAAUAAUUUAGAAUUUUUUAUCAGCUAUUUUUUUUUCCUUAUGAUAUUCUCUAAAAAAGAUUACUUGAAUGAUAUUUAUAAAAUUCUUAAUGAAAUAAAUAAAAUUAUUUUAUUUAAUAAUAAUGUAGAUCCAUUUUGGUAUCUUUUAUUACUUCAGAUUAUUUAUGUUUUUAAAAUUAAGAAUUUGUACAUACUUGAUUUAAUUAUAUCAAAAUAUAAAAAUGUUUCCCAUUUUUAUAGUUACCUAAUAAGUAGUAUUAAAAAAAAAAAUGAUCAAAUGGAAAAUAAUAAUCAUAUAGCUGUUUCAAGUAAUAAUACUAUUAAAUAUAAUAUUAUUGAAUAUUUAAAAAAAAAUAAUAUUGAAUUUUUAACAAAUAUACCAUUAAAAGACAGCCCAUUUAUAUUUGAUAUUUACAUUCCCUCUAAAAAUAUAUUAUUUAUAAAUAAUGAAAAAUGUUUAUUCUGUGAUAUUUUUAUCCAAAAUUUACAAGAAAAUUUGUUUGAUCAAAUUAACUCCAAAAUUAUGACCAUUGAUCAAAAUAGCUACAAAUGGCUAGCUAGUAUUUCAUAA